UGAAGCCUCAUGACUGAAUCUCGCCCUCUAUUCUGUUACUCCUGUUUGUUUUUCUUCUUCCUCUUCUUUUCCUCUGCAAACUUCACACUCUCUCUCUCUCUCAACUGUUCGUUUGUUAAGAAGGAAACUUCUGGGUCCAAAAUGGAACAAUACCCAUCUGAUGAUAAGAAGGAGGUCAUAAAGGAUCAGCAAAGAGAAGGGUAUUGCAAGGAAGCCUGUGAAUUUGACACAUCAGAACGUUUUUCAGAUGAAAUAGUCCCACAUAUCCUCAACCUAUAUGGAUCCUGUGCCACACCUCAUGAUUUUGAAAUAUAUGCUCCAGAUGCAACCUUUGAAGAUCCACUUAUGUGUGCUCAUGGGAUAAAGCAGAUCAAAUCAGCAUUCUAUUCACUUUCCAAGGUCUUCAGUGAAUCCAAAAUUGUUGAAUACAGCAUCAAAGAAAAUGUCGUUUCACCAGGAAAAGGAGAGAUAUUAAUUGACAACAAGCAAUAUUACAAGUUUUUGGGAAGAGACAUUAAUAUGAUAUCACUCAUAAAGUUGUCUGUUGAAGAAAGGAAAAUCGUUCGCCAUGAAGAUUGUUGGGACAAGAAGCCUCUUUUGAAUAAAGAGACAGCUAAGAUGUCAUUGCUCGGCCGAAUCGUCGAAAUAUCUCGCAGGGGUUCAAUGAUGGCAACUCAUGCUAUGAUGAGGUUUGGAAAGGAUCCAACCGUGUAAAUCACUCCCAUGAACGAAAGAUUCAUGAAUGUUGUUGUGCAUGUGUGUGUGUGCAUUCUUACUUCAUUAGCCCCUAUAAGUUACUUUAAGAGAGCUGAAACCUGGAUUUUGACUCUGCCUGAGAUUCUUGUUUGUGGUUAGAUUUCUUUGUAAUAAUUAGCAUCUUCUGUAUGCACUUUUAACUCACAAACUCUACCGCAUAUAUUUUAUGAGCGACACAAUUUCAUAAUUUA